UGACAGACUCUGGAACGAGAUGCCAGUCAAUGCCAAGGGGAGGCUGAAAUGCCCGGACUUCCUGAGCAGGUUCAGUUCUGAGACACCAGCCACACCGAUGGCCUCGGGCGACUCGGCUGCAGCCCAGAGAGGGAGCAGUGUCCCUGACAUCUCGGAAAGCACCAGAUCUGCCCUCUCAUCGCCCACUCGGGAGUUAAGACCAGGGUCAAAGUCUCGGAGUCACCCCUGUACUCCAGCGAACACCGCCACGAUCCUGGGCACUCCACCCUUGCAGAACUGUGAUCCCAUAGAGAGCAGGCUCCGGAAGAGAAUCCAGGGCUGCUGGCGAGAGCUCCUGAAAGAAUGCAAGGAGAAGGAUGUGGGCAGACAGGGGAACAUCAAUGCCUCCGAGUUCCUGGCUCUUGUGGAGAAAUUCAACCUGGACAUAAGCAAAGAGGAGUGUCAGCAGCUCAUUAUAAAAUACGACUUAAAGAACAAUGGGAAAUUUGCAUACUGCGACUUCAUUCAGAGCUGUGUCCUCCUGCUAAAAGCAAAGGAAACCUCACUGAUGCAGAGAAUGAAGAUCCAGAACGCACACAAAAUGAAAGAAGCCGGCGCCGAGACCUCUUCUUUUUACUCUGCUCUGCUGCGUAUCCAGCCCAAAAUUGUGCACUGCUGGAGGCCGAUGCGGCGCACGUUCAAAAGCUAUGACGAGGCUGGCACGGGGCUGCUCAGCGUGGCCGAUUUCAGGAUGGUCCUGAGACAGUACGGCAUCAACCUCUCGGAAGAGGAGUUCUUCCAUAUUCUGGAGUAUUACGACAAGACGCUGUCUUCAAAAAUCUCCUACAAUGACUUCCUCCGGGCUUUCCUGCAGUAGACACAGCUGCCGUGCGUCCAGCGGGCCCACAGCCACGGGGCCUGUUUCAAGACUAAUAAAAUCCUAUAAUUUGGGGGUU